UUACGGUGAAUCUACAUACCGGUUUCGGUUGGGAAGAUACUAUAAAAGCAAUCGAGCCUCGGGCUACCAUUCAGUAUCAAUCUGCUCCUCAACGUGAGAAUAGCUGUAUUAGAUCCUGCAAUAAGGAUAUAAACAAUGGAUAAACACAGUGCAAGGACCCUGUUCGUCGUAUUCUUGUGCCUUGUGAGCGCACUAGGUAAGCCCUUGGGAGAGGAACAGGAGAAAAUUCAACAGAAUACUGAUGGCCUUAGAAAAAUCCGUAGCAUCUACGCAUAUGGGAUGCCUUUAAAGAAGUUGCAAAAUAAUGGAGAAAUUGAAAGAGAAGUCCUGAAAAUGACACCAAAGAAUUCACCGACGCCAGCAUCCAUUUCGCGAAUUACCAGAUCUAUACCCAAGGCAGAGGCGAAUAUUUUGGAGGAUUUGGAGGCACAAGAAGCUAAAGUCUUUAGACCACUCUUUGUCUACAGACAACAAGUCGCUGAUCGUUACAGAAUAAAUCGAGCCAGAAAUCCGAUUUAUGGAGCGUAUCAAUAUGGUAGGAGGUUUAGAAGACAACAGCCUGUACAGUAUAGACAUUAAAUGCGCAUAAAGACUGUGUUUUAUAAAAUAGAUAUAUAUGUGCGAGCGAAACAUAUUUAUAUACUAUAUAGACCUUUUCUACGUAAUAAAUAAAAACAAAAGAUCAUUAUAAA